GCGGCAGGAAAAAAAAAAAUCACAGGGCGUAUUUGCUUGAGGAGGCGUGGCUCUUUCCUGGAACGGGAAGGCUCCGCCCCUUAUCGGCCCAUUCACGCCUUUCGUGGGCGUUCUGUGGGCGUGUCAGCUCUUUCCUGGAGGGGCGUGGCCUGGCCCUGAUGUGGGCGGGGCUCCUCUCCCUACUUAGCCAACCCCGCGGUGGCAGCCUCUCAUUCCCAGCCAUGGCGUCUACGUCGUAUAGUUUAGUUUCGGUGGCGUUGCGCAGCCUUUUGCUUUGUAUGUUGGUGCUGCUGCCGGUGUUUAUGGCCGACCAUGGUAGGAUGCUGGUUGGAGGGUGGCGCGAUCGCUUGAUCUCCGAACCAGACGUGCAGGAAGCGGUUGAGGUCGCCAUCGAUCACUACAACAGAGUCUGCAAUAGUAUCCACUACUGCGUGGCGCAGGAGGUCAUAAAGGCGCAAAGUCAAGUGGUAGAAGGAAUUAAGUACUAUUUGAAGAUAUUGGUGUUGAACACACAGUGUGACAAAAGAAAACAGCCAGGAUUGACGUAUAAGGACCUGGAAGCCUGUAGGCCACCCCCAAGGGAUGAACAGCAGAGAAAAUUGUGCAAAUUCUAUGUCUGGAGUCGCUCUUGGUUGAACGACACACAUGUGACAAGCAUGAGCUGUGGGCGGGCAAACUCCUGAAUCUCAUGUCUGGAAACCAGUGAGAAGGGCAUGACGCAACUUACCUGCAGCUGCUACAAAAUGCGUUCAAACCAGUUUGAUUCUUCUUAAUUAGGCCAAGUGGCCUGCUCUUCUUAACUGCCUCCAGGAUUCACCAUGUACAGUUGACGAAUAGAAGCCUGGAGUCUCACCUGUGAAUGGAUCACCUGAAAACUCUAACAAAUUGAUUGUGGCAUCUUUUCUCUCCUUUAUAUCUGCUGAAAUCUUUUGAAUUGAGAAUAAAAUCUACAAGGGUC